AGCACAAGUGAGAGUUUCUUAGUUCAUUGAUCAUUCUCUAACAAAUCGUAAAAAUUCCAAACAAGGCAUAAGCAUGGGUCAAGCUUUUCGGAAGCUCUUCGACGCCUUCUUCGGCAACUCCGAGAUGCGGGUUGUGAUGCUUGGUCUUGACGCAGCUGGCAAAACCACCAUACUCUACAAGCUUCACAUUGGAGAGGUUCUUUCUACUGUUCCUACUAUUGGAUUCAAUGUGGAGAAAGUUCAGUAUAAGAAUGUGAUAUUCACUGUUUGGGAUGUGGGUGGCCAAGAGAAGUUAAGGCCACUCUGGAAGCACUAUUUCAAUAACACUGACGGUCUGAUUUAUGUUGUUGAUAGUCUGGACCGCGAGAGAAUUGGCCAAGCCAAGCAGGAAUUUCAGGCAAUCAUAAAUGACCCUUUUAUGCUCAAUAGUGUCAUCUUGGUCUUUGCUAAUAAACAGGACCUGAGAGGAGCUAUGACACCAAUGGAAGUAUGUGAAGGACUUGGUCUAUUUGAUCUGAAGAAUAGAAAAUGGCACAUACAAGGCACUUGCGCGCUUAAGGGAGAUGGCCUUUAUGAGGGCUUGGACUGGUUGGCUACAACUCUAAAGGAGAGAAAAGCUGCCGGAUUCUCCUCUGUAGGAACCUCCUUCUAAUUGUGACUCCAGAUGUUCUAUGUGCUGCAGCUAUUUUGGCCUGUCAUUGAUGAAUGGUAGAGUUUGGCCAUUUUCAUUAAGGGCUACAGAAUUGUAAUCAACUCUCUUUUCUUUUUAGGAGUUGCAUCAGGUUUCAUCAAUCUGAUGCUGAUGAAGUAUAUAGUUUAGUUUCAGGGUACUUAGAUAUAUGACUCUGUUACAAUGUAUAGAAGCUUAAGCUUGGUGAUGUAAACUAAUUUUACACUCGAGAAAAUUCUAAUGGCAUAUUGAUUUUGAGCAAAA